AUGCCACCACAGGUGCCACCACAGGUGCCACCACAGGUGCCACACUUGGUGCCGCAGCAGAUGCCACCGCAGAUGCCAGUGAUGCCCCAGCAGGUGAUGAUGCCAGGGCACCACCAGCAGCCCAUGCCCCAGCAGGUGGCACAGGGGCCAGGGGCUGAGGGGCCAAAGGCGCCACAGCAGGUGGCACAGGGGCCAGCCCAAAGGCCAAAGGCGCCACAGCAGGUGGCACAGGGGCCAGCCCAAAGGCCAAAGGUGCCACAGCAGGUGGCACAGGGGUCAGCCCAAAGCCAAAGGCCAAAGGCGCCACAGCAGGUGGCACAGGGGCCAGCCCAAAGGCCAAAGGCGCCACAGCAGGUGGCACAGGGGCCACCACCCAAAGCGCCAGAGACAAUGCCAAAGGCAGUGUCACAGCCCAGUGCCAAGACAACUGCAAACGCAAAGGCGUUACAGCGGUCCUUCGACAACCUGACCGAAAUGCAGAGCCGGGCCCAUAAUGCUGAGCUCAAGGUGAAAAAGCUCGAGCGGGACAACAAUCGACUUCGAGGUGAGCUCAAAGCUGCGCAAGAUCUCGUGGAAUCAACCAAGAAUGAGUACAAGCGGGAGUUCCACACGACAUUGCAGAUCCGAAUGAACAAUUUCGAGCAGCACUCAAAAGCAGAGAAGGAGAAGCUGCUGAAAGAGAGGGACGACCUGUCCAAUCAACUGUCCGAAUUGCAAGCGACGCUGCUCUAUGAGCGUCAGCUCAGAGAUGAAAACAAGACGCUGCAAGGCCCACCGGGUACCGUGGCCAAGUCGAAGGCCAAGCAGAAGGUCGAUGACUGCCGUGCAGCUCUCUUCGUCCACAACAACACCCAAGGCCUUUUCAUCGACAAAGACAUGGGAGCCAACUACAGAGCAGCAAUGGGAGCCAACUACAGAGCAGGUCGAGUUGGUUGUGUCAUUUGCAAGAUGACAAAGCAAGACAACGAGUACGGCAACUAUGAUGUGAUCACAGGCAACUUCAGCAACAUGAAGCGGCACUCGGAGUGCAAGCAGCACCAGCAAGCUUUGGCGCAGCUGGGGCUGAUUGAGGUCACUGCGGACGAAGAUGCUCCAAGCAUGAGUGCGUUUGAGCAGGUGGCCAGGGGUCGAAUGAAAGGCCCUUCAGCCCUCAGACAUGGAGAAGCUGGUGUUGGUGGCCGCAAGAAGAUCACUCAUAUGGUGCAGUGUUUGGGUGAUGCAGUGUUUGAGUUGGACAGACGUUUCAUAGCCACUGCUGAGACAAUCACACUGCAUACAGAUGUCAGGCAACUCAAGCUCUUGGUUCGCUUUCGUGCUGCAAAUCAGAAGCUGCAAAUCCGACGAGGGAUUUUGGGCAUCAAGGAUUUGGAGAGAACUACAUCAACCGUGCUUGCAGCUGCACUGCAACAGAUGCUCAGGGAAUUCUGCCAGCAAGACGAGGACCUCUACAAAAGUGUUUUGAAGCACAUUGAGGUGCUAGAUGCGGAUGCUGCCAGUGAUGAGCAAACCAGUGCCAGAGAAAUUCGAGCCAUGUUGCUCAAAGACGUCAAAAUUAUCCUCAAGGACAAAGCACAUGCAUCUCGCAGGGUCCUCUCCAGGCCAUGGAAUGUGAUUCCAGAGCUCUCUGAAGCAUGGUCGAUGUUUGUGGGAGACAGUUCCAGUGUGGUCCGCAUGAUCCAAAAAUCGGGCGUCCUCUCUGUGAAGUUUCAUGAGUUUUGCCAAACCAUUGAAUCAAGCCCAGUGUCUGCCAAGAGGAUUCGCAACUUGUCCUUCAAGAAACAACGCUUUGACUCAGUGUCAAAGCCCUUGGGACGUGGAAUUCUGUUUCUCGAAGCAUUGUUCCAAACAGCUAUUUGGGCAACCAUUCACAGGAGAGGGGAAGAAGAUGGCAAAUGCGCGGAUGCAUUCCUUACAUGGGUGAAUGAAGAGAGGCUUAUUCUGCUCGGAAUGUGUGCAGAUUGCGCAGAUGCUGCCCUGGGCCUUGUUCGAAGCUUUGAUAGCGAAGACCAUGAUCCGGCCGUGUUGCAUUUGCAGGCUGAGCAGUUUCUGAGUGAGUUGCAUUAUCUCUUCAACCAAGGGGCGGUCCUCCGUGCAGAAGGCUACACCCAACACAUCCUGGUGCAGCUGCAUCAGGCCCGAGGAUUUCUUUUGAAGGGCGAAGCAAAAAGUCUUGGAGGGCCUGGGAAGGUAAAUCAAGUGAUGCUGACUCAAUGCCUGGCAAGCAUGAGGGCAUAUGUUUCACUGGCGGUGGAAGUGGUGAACACGGAGUUUCCAUACUUCGAGCUACUUGGGGCGUUCAAGUUGUUUGACGUGCAGCAAAGGGUGCAGGGACAUGCUGUGGAGUUUGAUGCUGACACUGUGAGAAAACAUGGCUCUAGGCUUUGUCAAGUCUUUGGGUUGAAUAUUGAUGCGUUUGUCAGCCAGUACUGGGACCAUUUGCCCAUUGCCAUCAAUGAAGCCAGAGUAUGUAUGACUGAGGCUCAUCCGAGUGACACGCUUCGAUUGGUCAUCAUGCGAUAUCUUGCCUUCCAUGGUUGCUCGACUAGUGGUGUUGAGCAGAAUUUCAGCAAGCUGCAGAAUCAAAUCACUCCUGCCAGAGACCACAUGGAUCCCGCAACCUACUUGGCAGAAGCCAAGGUGGUCAUCGAUUGCUCCGAAAAUGAUUUGAAAGAAGUUUGCAAGGUUGCGCAAGACUGUUGGCGCAAAGUCCAUGGACCCCCGAGAAACUCUUGCUGCAACCGAUUGGAUGCAGGGAUUCCAAGGAAAAGGCAACCUGAAAGUGAGGCGCAGUGGGUCAGAAAGCGCCGUCAGCAUGUGGGUGAGAACGCGGCUCUGGUAUCAAGGGAUACAGUGAAAGCUGCAAGUGAAUGGCAGGAACAAGUGGAUCGCACAGAGGAGGAUCAGGCAAAGAUUGAUGCCGAGUUUGGUUUUCAGCGAUCCAAGCAGAUGAAGAACCAAAUGGAGGCAUACUUGGAACGGGUGCUUCUGGCAAAUGAAGUACCCCCAGGAUUGCGUGAUCAAGUGGCACACUUCGUUUCAAACCAACAAAAAAAUUUGCAGAAGCGUAAGGCCGAUGAAGCCCGAAUGCUUCAGCUCAUGAGCCCUCUCCCACCGGCGGUGGACUUUGCGUUCCACAAGUUCUUCUUGGAGAGAAUGGAGUGGCAAAAUUUGCCAAAUUUUCCUCAGACUUUGACUUUGGUGGCUGACCCAUGGCGUGCUGAUGUUUGUGUCGUUGAAGAUCCAGGAAGCCCUCCAGAUGUGGUUUUGUGGAACACCGCGCUGAAGGGAGGGCAUGUUGUGACAUUGGAUUUUGCCUUGAAGCGGGGCAAGGGCGUGUGCUUUAGCUAUGGGAUGGCCAUUGCAACAAAGAGAUCCAUCUUUGUCGAUCCGCAAGUUGCACAACAUGACCCUGUUCUUUCAGAGGCAGUGAGGAGAGUGUCACACAUGCCGCAAUCUAAAUGGAAGCUGCUUUCAACUUGGGCAGAGUUCGCUUCGGCCACUGACAAGGUUGCUGGUGAGCAUUUACCUGUCAAACAGAGGGGAACGCAGAGUGACAAAAGAUUGCCGCGUGGUGUCCUGGGCGCUGCAGAAGUGCCAGAUGUUUCUCUAGUGCCAUAUCAGAGAGUAGCAGCUUCAAAACUUCUCUGGGUGCUGCACAAGUUGAUCACGGUGAUGAUCCGGUCGAUUCCUGAACUCAAUCCGGUCGAGUACUUGCUGGUGGACAUCAGCACCGGCAAGCUGAUGUUCAGGAGACGCACAAAGGGUGGGCGCUUGGCAUGGUCUCCUGCGCAUGGCUCGUAUCGAAUUCAACAGUUUGAGGAAGACAAUGCCAAUGGCAAUCGUGUCAGUCUGUUCCUACAAGGCUUCCACUGCACGGGAUACCGCCCGUACUGGCGAGAUCACAUGUUCAUUGGAAAUGGCCAAAGCUUAACAGACACAAUUGGCCGUCGAACUCUGACGUUGAAGGGCAUGUUCGAGAUCAACAUGGCAACGAGCCUGGAGGAUGAGAAUGAGUGGGUCCUGGUCAGAGAGAUGGACUGGGUCAUGGUCAUGGACGAGAACAUCCCGCGGCUGCCAGAUGCAGAAGAGCUGUUCUCCCAGGAGAAAAUGGCAGAGACGGAGGAGCUGUUCUCCCAGGAGAAAUCGGCGGAGCUGGAGGAGCUGGAGGGUCGUCUGCUCUCAAUUGGCUGGAGGAGCAAGGAGGAGCUGUUCUCCCAGGUAGUGGAAUGGCAGGUAGAUGGACACCUGCUCAUCAUUUCCACAAUCGUGGACCCGGAAUGGCCAGAUGCAAAACCAUGCAGCAAGGCCUUUGACAGAGAUAAAAAAGGAAUGGAUGAGCUGACAGGGAGGUUGGGACACCGUGUUGCACUAAACAAUGUGAAGGCAAGGGACAUUUGUGUGGAAGGAACUUUUUGUCUGGACAGUGCCCGGGUACUACUGUCGUAUGUGAUGCAUUUCUACUGUGCACCUACAGACUUCACAUUUAAUAACGGACUUUUUCUGUUGUUGUCGAAAUGUGAACAUUCCAAACGCAGCCGCUUUCAGCAUUUAUUGGACUUGCAUUCGUUGGCCCUCUACGAUCCUCGAUUGGUCAUCAUGGCUUCGAGGAAGAGAUCCCCAGAGUCGGCACCGGCAUCCGCAUCGAAGCAGGCCAAAUUGUUCCAGCCUGUGGCCGUGAAGUUUGAGCCCACGGAGUUGAUCCACUCGGUCAAUCUGCAACGAAUUACUGCUGUGACCAAAGCCAGAGAUGAGAUCCUUCAGCACCCAAUCUUUGCAGACAUGCUUUCUGCUUCACCAUUGAAGAUGGAAGAGGGCAAUCACAAGGUGUCCUUCAGUGCGAAGCAUGCAACUACAACAUUGAGCUCCAGCGGCAAGUAUGACUGCUCUGCAAACCUUUUCUGGCUGAAGCUCACUCAUCUUUCGCAGCCAGGUGUUCCCAUCAGCGAGCGUUCCAUCAAUGUGAUUAUGGAGACGAAAUUUGCAACUCCACAGACAUUGCUUGACCAGUUUGUGGUACGAGCUCCUGAUCAGGCCACAGGAGAAUCCAUCAUGAGGAGGUUCGGGGCACUCGAGUUUGUGAGCCCACCAGAGCUCGUCCAUGCACUGGUGCUUCGGAUCCAUGAGCGUCUUGGAGAGGCAGACGAGGAUGAGCUGCAAGGGUGGCGGAAGCUGUGCCUUUGCUGCACCUUCAUCUUCGAAACCUUGGGAACUGCAGAGGAGGCCUACUGGCGUGCUGUGAACCUCCGCGAGAUGGUGGUCUCAGACUUUGAGUCCCUCGCCCGCGAUGUCACACAGCGAGUGUAUGAACUUGUCGGCUACAGAUCACUGAUCAAGACCACGGCCAACAGGGAUCUCUCCAACAAAGAGCUCGCUUCUGCGUGGAAGGAGCACGUGAUCCAGACUGAUUCCAAGUUCAGUGAUCGUGUGACUGAAAAUUUCGUGGAUACCGCGAUGAAGGUGUACCACAGGCUGUUCACUGCUGCGCCAGAGAGUUUGGACAUCAUAAUGGAGGAUUGUUGGCCGCCGUGUUCUGCCAUGGGUGCUGUAGAAGAUGCCAAGCUCCAUGGCAAAGCGUCGCCCUUCAACCAGUUGAGUUCUUUGGAGCAGAUCACCAUGAAGGGCAAGACCGCUGAGAAUAUGUUGUGGAUCAUGAAGAGCAUGGUGGACUACCUGCACCACAUGCCGGAUGAGUUUGGGCCCACAAACUUUACCUUCCGACAGCUCAAAGGUGCUUCAGGAUCUGUUGGAUACAUCCAAUUGUUUCUCACGAAGAAGGAAGUCAUGGAAUACUUUGUGACCAACGGCGGGUACACAGAUGCAGAAAUCUUAGUGGUGCAGUUCCUGAAGGUUGCAGUGUUUGGCAAGACGCUGGACCCGCAUUUCAAAACAAUUUUGAAAGGAGGCACCAACAUUGAGGACGUCAUGCUGUCCCAAAAAGUUGCUGACCUUGUUUCCGAAAUCUUGCUCAAGCUAGAGGCAGAGAUCAGCCCAGGCAAAGUGAAGGAAUCUGUGUUGGCUGCUGAUGAUGACGAGGAUCCAGAGACGAAGGUUUCUUUGGAAAGCUUGGUGGACAGUGAGCUCCUAGAGGAUGAGGAGAACGCCAAAGAACUUCAAGAACACCUGCGAGCAGUGAAAGAGUAUGCUGGGCGCUUCAUCACGUUCAGGCCAUUUGAGCAGUCGGUUCUGAAGACACAACAGUUGCUGGAAGGCACUGUGCUGCAGAAGUUUCCCGUGCGUGGGAAAUAUUGGUGCGUGUGGUAUGACACCAAAACUCAAGGUGAAUCAUCUGCACAGCCACACUGCCGCUGUCCUCCAUACCAGAAGGCAACGUUCAAGAAGCAUGUUCAUGCAGCUUUCCAGGCCCGUGGUGAGACAGAGAUCACUGAGGAGACAUUGGUGAUGUGCAUGGAUGGGUUUCGUUCUUUGGAAGCCCAAUUCUCCAAGGAUUUGGUGCUGCCCAGUGGUGACGUGAUGAUGAAAUCCCGCAAUACCUUUCAGGUGGCAUAUGACGAAAAGGCUCUCAGAACCAGAAAAUGCCUUACCCGUGGCAUGGUGUCCCAGGUGGAAGGGCUGCAUGUCUACAGCAAAGAGGGCUUGGCUUUGACAGACCGGGAGAGAAAGACCUAUGUAGGCUCCACACAUGGUUCCUUGAUUGGACCGGUGGUUGUGUCUCCCUUCCGUGGCGGAUUCCUGGUGAGCAAGGAAUGCAAGGAGAAGAUGCUGGGGGAAAACGGGAAGGUGCUGGCAGGAGGUCCUUGUCAAGGUCAAGGUUCUCUUCCUGGAGACAUCGAGGACAUGUUGCCUGCCAGCUUCUACUCCCUUCCGACCGCAUUCUACAUUGAAAUGAUCCACUCCUUCGAGCUGGGUGGUGUCUAUGAUAGCACCUGCAUGGAUGUGAACUUCGCUUUGGCAUGCUUGAAAUCGAAAGUUCCAUAUAUAGGCUCAAGCCUCUCUGAGUAUGCUUGCGAGGUGCUGGAAGCUGAAGUGGUCCGUGCUUGCUGGAAGGAGUUCCUUACUCCUGAGUCUGAGCUGUAUGAUGUCAAUCUGCACAAGCUGGUGGAUGCCCAGGGCACUCAAGGAGUCAAAGGAGCCAAAGGAGGCAAAGGCAAAAAGGGAGGCAAAAAGGGAACCAAAAAGGGAGACGGCAAAGGAGACGGUGAGGACCCAGAACCAGAAGAGCCUGGCCAAGGAACCAAAGGAGGAGGAAAGCCUGGCAAGGGCAGCAAGGGCGGCAAGGGCGGCAAGGGCAAUACGGAGGCUUCGAUCAUGCAGGCAUUGGCUUCCCUUGGCAAUCAGUGA